CGCUGCCGUGUUUUUGUUGAUGGUCGUGGUUGGUGGCGCCGGAAUUCUUGCGCAAUGACGACGGCAGGUGUGGAUCGCAUGGUGGCGGCCUGGCGGGGUAUGGCCACCGUUUGCAACCUCUCGUAUCGAACUGAGAUGGUUGACGGUGUCCCUGGCGCAUUCGUUCUCAAGAGUGUGCUCUCGUUGAAUGAGUGCGCCGACCUCCAAGACGCCGUUCGAUUGUUGCACGACGAAAAGGCAGCAGUCCUCCAUGAUGAGAAGAAACCACGGCGUCCGUCGCAGCACCACAUCCCAACGCAGAUGGAUCCAUUUGUACUUGCAGAGAUCAUGCGUCGCCUGCAUCCUCACAUGCCCACGCACGCUGGACCAUCUAACCGAGCGCCCCUCGCGACGGACACACCGUUUCUGUCGCCGUUUCUGCGGUCGUACUACUACCACGAAUCCGACUUUUCCAUGCCGCACUACGACAAGAGCUUCACGCACCACGAGGGCGUGCGCGGACGCAUCUUGAAUUUCUCCGCGUACUCGAUUCUCUUUUACCUCAACGAUGGGUUUGAAGGAGGCCACACCACGUUUUUCACUGAUAAAUCCACUGCCACGAUUGCGGCGCGCGUUGCACCAUGUGCUGGUGAUGUCCUUGUGUUCCCCCAUGGAAGCUUUCCUGGCUGCUUUCCCAACCCGUUCCACGAAGGGUCGACGGUCACUUGCGGGGAAAAGCUCUUGAUUCGGACGGACUUGGUGUUUUCUACUAUGAACCAGCGGCCAAAGUUAGUCCCAAGUGACAUGACGGCUGCCCAGAGCAACCCUGCGCGAUUGUCGCAGCUUGUCCAAGAAGGACGAGUGAAGAGUUUGGGGCCAGGGCUGGACGAAUGCCGGUGCGGUGAUUUGGAGGGGCUGCAGACGCAAGUUGCAGCGGGGUGGAAUUGCCACACGAGCCGUGACCGUCAUGGCUCAUCCGGGCUUCUCUGGGCCGCUGGAGGGGGGCACUUGGCGAUUGUCCAGUAUUUGAUUGAAUCCCUUGGCAUGCGACCUGUUGAUGAUGUGCAAGCACAUCGACGAGGUUACGACGGCCGUUCGGCGCUGCAUUGGGCUGCUCGAAAUGGCCACAACGACGUCGUCGAGUACCUCGUAGUUCACGGCGGCCAGUCCGCGAAUACACCAGCAGGAGAUGGAACUACUCCGUUCCACCUGGCAGUCUGGCAAAACCACCAAAGCACGUGUGCCCUGCUCGUGCAACUAGGUGCGGAUCCGCAUGCGGUCAAUCGUCACGGGUGCAAUGCGUGCAUGUGGGCCUCCCAAUCCAGCGCUGGCAAUAUCACCAUGCUGGAGUACUUGUGCGGUCUGCAACUCGAUUUCGAACGCAUCAAUUCGAAUGGUCAGGGGUGUCUGCACAAAGCCGCUCAGCGAUGCAACUGGGACGUGUGUCGGUGGCUAUGCCAACGCUUGACCGCCCCGGCGCACUUCGAACCAAACAAAGAAGAACUGAACGUUCCGUCUCGAUUGGCAGCCAUUUCUGGAGACGACAAGUUGGCUGCAUUCUUGCGAGCCGAAGAAGUGGCCUUCUGGCAGCGACAAUCAUUGGCUGCGUAGAUGACAACGCUUGAAUAAAAUCAAUCGUUCCCUGCGACUACAGUA